CCUGAGCUGGUCCGGACCAUCCUGAGCUGGACACUGGAGUACCUGAGGGACCACGUCCUGGCCUGGAUCCAGGCCCAGGGGGGAUGG